AUGCUGACCCCCUUAGAAUUGAGCUUCUACACGUACUACUCGCUGCUGCACAUCCCCAUCACGCUGUGCAUCGACUCGACCGUGGUGCUGCCCUGGCGCUGGUUCCCGCGCUGGGUGCAGGCUGCCGUGCGCUGGCACGUCGCCCAGAACCACGACUACCUGCUCGACGACCCGCCGUGGUGGCUGGUGCUGUUCGUCGCCGUCGAGCUGCUCGUGCAGCUGCCGCUGUUCUGCUACUUUGCGUGGCAGCUGCCCCGCCUGCGCCGGCCCGCCAGCGUGGCUGCUGGCGACGACAAGCUGCUGAAGGGCGCCCGCCGGCGCCAGCACCGCCGGGUGCUGGCGCUGCUGCGUGGCUACGGCGCCAACGCCAGCCUCACCACCCUCGUGUGCAUCGUGCACAUCUGCCGGUGGGGCCACGUCGUGGGCGGGGCCGGGGCCCUGUCGCCGGCCCAGAAGCUGCAGCUGGUGGCCGUGUACCUGCCCACGUUCGUGAUCCCGUUGCGGCUGUGCUUUGUGUAG